CUGGAGCCCGCGGUCUGGCCCUCCAUGCCCUGCCCUGACCCUCUCCAUGCCCUUCAAACAUACCAAGUACUUGCUUGCACCUAGCCCUUGUCUAGCCUUUCGACGAGUACCGGACAUGCCUUCCCGCCGCUUGACCGCUUGUGGCAUGCCCUACUUGCUCUGCUGCCCUGCGGGACCCCCCAGAUGAGGAAUUGUUGCGCCCUUCGCAUGUCGGUAGUCGAGAGGCAGCCGCCAGGAUUCGGACGUCUUGAUCGGGGAGCACCGCGCCGCGCGAGGAACGGGGUGGGGCGCCAACUGCUCUUAUAUAAAACGGGAUCACACCCUUGGCGAUAGCUUCACCCGAGAAGACUUUUCUUGAAUCGUGUCUGAGUGCCUACCUGCCCGAUUUUAGGAUUCAUUCCACGCCAGGCCCAGCACGCCCAGCACGCCCAGCCCAGCCGAGUUCAUCAUGGCCGUCGCUGCCUCUGAUGGCCCGACCAAGCACGAGCAACCCAUCAACUCGGAUACUACCCAGAAUGGUUGUGAGGACCCCGAAAAGGUAGUGCCCCUUGGGGAUGCCACAGACGAGGAGUCGGGGCCCGGUUCUUCGCAGCCGUCCAUAAAACUCCAGCGAUGGAACGACUCACCCCUCAAUAUUUUCCGUUAUGUUGCGACCAACUACACUUUCGUCCUGAUGGGCAUGACAGACGGUGCACUCGGCGCCUUACUCCCACAGAUCGAAGAGUACUACUCCAUCAGCUACACCGUCGUCUCGCUCGUCUUCCUCUCCCCCUUCGUCGGCUACCUCCUCGCGGCCCUCCUCAACAACCUGAUCCACCACUACUUCGGCCAGCUGGGCGUCGCCGUGCUGGGCCCCGUCACCCGCCUGAUCGGCAUCGUCCCGCUGGUCUUCCACCCCCCGUACCCGGCGCUGCCCGUCAUCCUGCUCUUCACCGGCUUCGGCAACGGCAUCCAGGACUCGGCGUGGAACGCCUGGGUCGGCAACAUGCACCGGGCCAACGAGCUGCUGGGGUUCCUGCACGGCGCGUACGGGCUGGGCGCCACCAUCGGCCCGCUCAUCGCCACGGCCAUGGUCACCCGCGCCGGCCUGCCGUGGUACGCCUUCUACUACGUCAUGAUCGGCGCCGACGGCCUGGCCUUCUUCCUGACCGUGCCGGCCUUCUGGCGCGCCACCGCCAAGGUCCACCGCGCCGCCAUGCUCGAGGCCAACAACGGCGCGGCGCGCACCACCACGCGCACCGUGCUCAAGUCGCCCGUCGUCUGGCUCGUCGCCCUGUUCCUGCUCGGCUACGUCGGCGCCGAGGUGUCGCUGGGCGGUUGGAUCACCACCUUCAUGCUGCGCGUGCGCCACGCCGCGCCCUUCAUGGCCGGCCUGACGUCCACCUUCUUCUGGCUGGGGCUGACGGUCGGCCGCGUCGUGCUGGGCUUCGCGACCGGCAAGAUCGGCGAGAAGCUGGCCAUCGCCGUUUAUUUGUUGCUGUCGGUCGCCCUGCAGCUGCUGUACUGGCUGGUGCCCAACUUUGCUGCCUCGGCCACCUUUGUCACCUUCCUCGGCUUCUUCCUCGGCCCCCUCUUCCCCGCCGCCGUCGUCGCCGCCACCAAGCUGCUGCCGCGCGACUACCACGUCUCGGCCAUCGGUUUUGCGGCGGCCUUUGGCGGUGGUGGUGCCGCGCUGUUCCCGUUUGCUGUCGGCGCCAUCGCGCAGAGCAAGGGCGUCGAGGUGCUGCAGCCGGUCGUGUUGGCCAUCUUGCUGUUUAUUCUGCUGAUGUGGCUGCUGCUGCCCGGCGGCUUGCGCAUGGGUGGGCUAGAGAAGGCGAGAGAUAAUAAGGAGAAGGUUGGUGAUGAUUUCAGGAAGGGUAUGGCGUGGGUGAGGGGGAAAUCGCGGGCGACGACGGGGGUGAUGGUCAUCUUGUUAAUGUCGAUCUAAAAUACCUAUUUGAAAAGUCUUGUCUUUUGGUUAUUUUUGUCUUUUGGAAGUGUGAACCGAUGACGGGCGAGAAUAAUCAUAUCGACACAGUAGGUACUUUAACCUUGAGAGGGUGAAACCAAGGCAACAACCUCAACACCACCGACGCUUUCAUUCCAUGGAAUCCAAUAAUGUAUUUUG